AUGGCGUCCGCUGCGGCAAAGGACGACCAGGCCACGGCCAAGAAGACGCCCAGUGCUCUCCGGUCGGUCCUCGCCGGCUCAACAGCCGGAGCAGUCGAGAUUGCUAUCACAUACCCCGCCGAGUUUGCCAAGACGAGAACACAGCUCAACCGCCGAUUAGCAGACGGGCAGAAGCUCCCGUGGCCCCCAUUCGGAAAGCAGUGGUAUGCCGGGUGCACGACCCUAAUCAUAGGAAACUCGGCCAAGGCAGGCAUCAGAUUCGUCGCAUUCGACCAGUACAAGAGGCUCCUCGCCGAUGCCGACGGCAAGCUCUCGGGCCCCCGAACGGUGCUGGCGGGUUUCGGAGCCGGUGUCACCGAGUCGCUGCUAGCCGUGACGCCCACCGAGAGCAUCAAGACGACGCUGAUCGACGACCGCAAGUCGGCCAACCCCCGCAUGCGCGGCUUCCUGCACGCCGUGCCCAUCAUCGCGCGCGAGCGGGGCAUCCGCGGCUUCUUCCAGGGGUUCGUGCCGACGACGGCCCGGCAGGCCGCCAACUCGGCCGUGCGGUUCGGGUCCUACACGACGCUCAAGCAGCUGGCCGAGAGCUACACGGCGCCCGGCGAGAAGCUCGGCGCCGUGGGCACGUUCGCCAUGGGCGGGCUCGCGGGCCUGAUCACGGUGUACGCGACGCAGCCGCUCGACACGAUCAAGACGCGCAUGCAGAGCAUCGAGGCCAAGUCGCUGUACGGCAACAGCGCGCGGUGCGCGGCCAUCAUCUUCAAGCAGGAAGGCAUCCUGACGUUCUGGAGCGGCGCGCUGCCCCGGCUCGUGCGGCUGGUCAUGAGCGGCGGCAUUGUGUUCACCAUGUACGAGAAGGCGAUGGACCUGUUCGACACGCUCGAUCCCGAGUCCAAGUACAUUUAA